GUCCUUUCAGUUCAGAGAUUUGGUAUUCCACUUCCAGCACUCCACCCGUCUCACAGCGGACACCUUUGUGCUUUAUGAAGUACUUUGAUUACAAACAACACUGCUAUAUUGGUUUCCAUUGUUGAUUGUUCAUCUAUGAGGUAACAUGAGUUGUGAUGGACUCUGAUGGUUUCCAGCUGGUGAGAAAAAAGAAAGCUUCUAGACCUAGAAAAUCACAACCAGUUCAGGAUGCUGCUUGCUUACCUCAAGAGAGCAAGAAUGAGUGUCUGACGAAAAUACUGCAAGCAAAGGAAACAAUUGAAGACAGUGAAGGCUACUUCAAUCUUCAGAAAAAUUUGGACAGUAUUGAAGAAGAACUGAAAAUUAUUCUUGCACCUCACCUAAGCAGCAAAGUAUCAACAAUUGUGUGCUAUGGUUUGGGCCAACUCUCAUGCAGCAGGAUAGCUAGAUACCAGGGAGCCCUGCUGCUCAUCUUGAAAGACCAUUACAAGGCCUCUACAGAAAUUUAUGAUCCUGUUUUCUCAACAGUUGAUGCUGAAGUGUUGGAGGAACUUGGAAUUGAAGUUCUGAAGAGGAAUGAGGAGGGAAAAAGAAAAGUUGAAGGAAUUACAUUGUUUUUCCUACCACACUGUGGGAAGGAGCUUUACAAUAAUUUGCUUUGGGCCAAUUGGAGUGCAUCAUCUCUGCCAUUUUGUGUUAUUGUUGGCAACAGUUUCAGUAGUAUUGCUCAAAAUGUCCCAACUAGAAUAUUGAGAGAACAUUAUAGAUUUAUAUAUAAUGCACAGGACAUGUUCAAGGAACUACCUCUAAAAUCAUUAGUUAAGGAUGAUGAUGUUUUUAAUGAUGUAAACAUUCACAUCCCUCACUGCAAUAUUUUAAAUAAGUGCCCAGAAUUUUGGUCAGAAAACAGAGAACCAAAAUAUGAAAACUGUGAUAUUGAAAUUGUGAGGGAAAGAUUUCAGUGAUUUAUAUUUUUUCUAUUCAAGGCCAAAUUCAGGUCAUGAAGGUUACCAAUAUUUUGUGCCCCUUUUAUUUUAAACUGUGUGUAGUAAUGAACCAACUUUGGCUUACUUGGUCAUAUGAUUGUAAUAAUGGUUCCUUCAUAGUUGGGGAAAUGAGUGAUUGUCACCCUUGGCUAACCUGUGAUGAUAUAAAACACCUUCAUAUUGGAGAGCUGAUAGGCUAUGGUGCAGUCAAACAUGUAUACCAGACAUCAUGGUCAAAUAAUACGUUAGCAAUAGCUUUUGUAAACAAUAAAAAAUAUACAAAAGACUUUCUUCAUGGAAUAGAAAUAUUGAAGCAAAUAGGGGGAAAUAAACUAAUAGUUCAGCUGGUAGGAUUUUGUGAGGAUGCUCCAGUAUUUUUAACAGAAUAUCACCCUGCAGGGAAAAGUGUAAAUAUAGACAGAAUAUUUUCAAACAACUUCCUUAGUUUGAGUCAUAGAUUUCAACUUUGUAUUGAUUAUGUGAGGAUACUUGUCUAUUUGCACAACAGCCCAGUGGGUCGCCUGAUGAUGUGUGACUCAAAUACGCUUGCUAAGACACUGGAACAAUACCUCCUGACUUCCUCUGGGAGUAUGGUGCUGAAUGAUGUUGAUGCUGUGACAUGGGUAGGGGAAAGAGGCACCAUAUGUGGCCACCAAGAAAUAAAGGGUGACUUCGUAGCUCCAGAACAGAAGUGGCCAUAUCCAGGAGAGAGGUACAGGGCGGAAAGAAUGCCAUCAUAUAAUGAAAAGGCUGAUGUUUGGAAGAUUCCACCAGUGUGUAGUUUUUUUAUUGGUAAAAGCGAUGCUGCCAGAGCCUUCCGCUUCCAUGUCUACAACAUACACAAGAGGUGUCGAGAGGUUGAUCCACUUCUGAGGCCCAGUGCCAGGGAAGUCUUGCAGGCUUAUGAAUCAGUGUAUUGGUCCUAUUUCGGAAGGAAGACAAAUGAAAAAGAAGAACUGUGAUUUUUUUUAAUUAAAGAUAUCUUGGA